AUGCAAACGAAUGAGACGCCGCUGAAUACGAAAGAGCUGGAAAUCGCGUUGAAUCGAAUGAAGAAUGGCGAGGAUCCGAAGCGACCCGGCAAUUAUCGAUUCGCGCUGUUUGUCUCGCUCGCUGCAAUCAUUUUCGUCUAUUUGAUAGCGCUUUUGAAUCGCGAGAAAGUUUGCAAUUUGAUUCGCACUUCUGACUCGGAUUAUUUUAUUUCUCAAUAA